AUGCUGGAGGCUGGGCGGGAAGAGGUUGGGGCAAAGCGGUCUCUCUGCCUUUUAGUCAUCUCUUUUAAGUACUCUAUUCUUUCAUCACCCCACCCCGCACAAGCAGGCAUGGUGGUGUAUGAGUAUGAGAUCCGCAUAGGGUGGGGCAAGGCCGUCUCGCUGCCUGCCUCGGCUCUCCCGGCGCCUCCCCCUGGCCAGAUGGCAGUUCGCCCCAAGGAGCUGCCGCCCAACUCAGGAGAGGCUGUUGCUGCCAACAGCGCUGUUAUUGCUAACAGUGCUGACCCGCUUGCUGCUGCUGCCGCCGCUGCUGCUGCUGCUGCGGCUGCGAUCAACAUGGCGAGCUUGGGAGCGGAGAACGCAGAAGUGGUAAGUGUUCUGGGGAGGCUGUUGGCUAAUAGUGCUGACCCGCUUGCUGCUGCUGCCGCUGCUGCUGCUGCUGCUGCCGCCGCUGCUGCUGCUGCUGCUGCUGCGAUCAACAUGGCUAGCUUGGGAGCAGAGAAUGCGGAAGUGGUCAUCACGCCGAACGUGCCAGACAUCAAGAUAGUCCCGCCCAAGGAUCCACAUCAGCGCCACGUCAUCGAUACGCUGGCGCUGUAUGUGCUGGACGACGGGUGCAUGUUGGAGCAGGCCAUCAUGGAGCGCGGCCGCGGCAACCCGCUCUUCUCCUUCCUCUUUGACCUCGGCUCGCCCGACCACACUUAUUAUGUGUGGCGAGUCUUCUCUUUUGCACAGGGAGACACCCUACAGCGGUGGCGCACGGAUCCCUACAUCAUGAUAUCAGGCAGCGGCAGGUGGAUUCCGCCCCCUCUGCCCAAGACAGACGAGCUCGUGGGCCCCACAAUUCUGGACAAGGACAAGGGCGGAUCAACCUACGCUGCAGGGAAACCAAAGGAGCACUCCCUAACGGAGAAGCAGCGGGACAAGUUUGAGGACUUGCUGAGGCGUCUCUCUCUCGAGAGGGAGGACAUUUGCAAUGCCAUGGCGUUUGCUCUCGACCACGCAGAAGCAGCCACAGACAUAGUCGAAGUGCUUAUCGAGUCCCUCACGCUGCUCGAAACGCCCAUCCCCCUUAAAGUCGCGCGCCUGAUGCUUGUAUCGGAUAUCCUCCACAAUUCAUCUGCGCCGGUCCGGAACGCAUCAGCCUACCGGACCGCUUUCCAGGGGUAUUUACCCGACGUGAUGGAGAGUUUUAACGACUGUUUGAAUGCCGUUUCGGGCAGGAUGACCGCGGAAGCUCUGAAGGACCGGGUCCUGAAGGUGAUUCAGGUGUGGGCGGAUUGGUUUUUGUUCUCCGAAGCGUAUUUGAACGGGCUUAGAAUGACGUUUCUGAGGGCGGUUGGGACGGCUGUGCCGCCGUUUCACACUCUGCCCGAGGAUGAAGAGGAGGAGGAGGAGCAAGGCGGGGCUGGGAAUAGGGCUGGUGGGUCAAAGGAUGCAAAUAAUAGCGCUGCUGCUGCUGGUUCUGGUGCCGGUGGUGCGGACAGUGUUGGUGGUGGUGGUGACACUGCUGCUGCUUCUGCGGAAGGAUCAGCAGCAUCAGCAGCAGAGGGAGACUCAGCAGCAGCAGAGGCUUCUGUGCCGGUCUCUCCAGAGGAGGCAGCCCGAAAGGAGCUUCUCGCACUCCCAUUGGUGGAGCUCAAGCGUCGCUGCAAGCACAACGGCUUAUCAACCCGAGGGGGAGUGCCUAUCAUGGUGGCUCGGCUGCUUUCGUUGGAUGCGGCUGAACAGGCAAAGAAGGCUGCCGAAGCUGAGGCAGCUGCUGCGGCUGCUGCUGCGGCCGAAGCUGCAGCAGAGGCUCGGAGGGCGAGCAUCGCGAAGCGAAUGGAAGGGAGUGUGGGGUGGUCGGGAUGGGUUGAGGUGAAGAAGGAGGAGAAGGAAGGGAGCAAGGGCGAUGCGGGUGGGGAGGGGGGUAAGGCUGGUGCUGCUGGUGAUAGUGGUGGUGCUGCAUUGCCAAAGAAGUUUGUCCUGCCUACACCGGAGCUGAAAGCCUUUGGAUCGAAAUUGGAGAAAUUGGAGAAGCUGGGUCCGCUUCUCAAGUCGGUUAAGCUUAAGUUGGAAAAGAAAGCGGUCGGUUUGCCCCAGUCAAAGUGGAAUAAGGAUGAUGAGGAUGAGGAUGAGGAGGGGGGAGGAAAGGGAGAGGAUGAAGAGGGGAAUGAGGAGGGGGAUGAUGACGAGAGGGGAGGGAGGAAGGGGAAGAAGACGAGGGAAUCGGUAGGUGGGAGUGAUGCUGCGGAUGGUUCUCAUUCCGCUGGUGCUGCGGCUCCGUCCCCCUUUAAAGCUGCCUCGAUUGUCUCAUACAACUCGUCAGACGAAGAAGAAGGCUCACCACCCCGGCGCACCUCUGCCGCCCACCGAUACUCUGUCUCUUCUGGGGGAGGCGGUAUCCAGGGUAACUGGCAGAUGCACUUUCAAGACCAGCAGGAGGAGGAGGAGAGGAGGGCAAAGCAGAGGAAACUAGAGCUAGCAGUUUUGGAAUUUAGGGAUGCUUUAGAGGCUCAGCAUUUCAAGGCGUUUGAGGUGGAAGUGAAAGUUGCGGCGCACAGGAAGAAGCUUGAAGAGGAAAUGGCUGCUGGCACGUGGCCGCCCAUGAUUGGGCGGUUGGCGUCGAGCGGGCGGCAAGCGUCGGCUGCAUAUGGCGCACCCCUUGGGACUCCAGGGAGGGCGAAGGAGAAGGAAAGAGAGGAGAGGGAGAAGAGUGGGGAAGGGCGGGACUCAGGUAGUGAUGAGGGUGAUAAGUCUCAGGAUAGGGAGAUGGGGAAGGGGAGGGAGGAGAGGAGUAGGAAGGAUAAGGACAGGGAGAGGGAACGGGAGAAGGAUAGGAAAAGGGGUAGGGAGAAGGAAAGGGAAAGAGAUCGGGAUUUGAAGGAAACGGAUUGUGAGGAUAGGGAUGAUGAGAAAGGUGGUGAGAGGCAUAAGGACAGAGGUAAGGAGAGAGAGAGGGACAGGGACAGGGAGAGGGAGAGGGAGAGUGGUAAGGAUAGAGAAAGAGAGAGGGAUAGGGAUAGGGAGAGGGGGAAGGAUCGGGAGGAGCGGGAGAGAAGUAGAGAUGGGGAGAAAGGGAGGGACAAGGAACGGCAAGGAGACCGCGACAGGCACCGAGAUAGUCAUAGGGAUAAAGACAGGGAGAGAGAAAGGGAGCGAGAUCGGGAGAGUGCGAAGGACAGGGAGCGUGAAAGAGAGAGGGAGCGUGGGAAGGAUCGUGGGAGGCUGAGGGAGAGAGAUGAGGACGACAGGGAGAGGGAGACAGAGAAGAGGAGCCGGAGGUGA